AUGGUGACAACAAAAGCGUGUGGGUUGGUUUUACUCGUUAUCUCACAUUGCGUUUAUGGUAGGUUGAACAUGUUGGAUGAUGGUACCUCUGGCAGCAACAGGAUACGGAUCUCAAAGCAAGAAUGCUGUAUGGUUGGCUCAAUGGUAAGAGUGUUCAUUAUGACGGGAUUGGCUGGAUUCAAGUGGACUUACCAACGCCAUACAGUGGCAGACCCUCUUUCGGCGAUACUAUCAUUAUCACGACUGCACGUCAAGGACACCAUUGUACUGUACUUUCCUGUGGAGCUCUACAUGUUGUGCCCGGGGACAGUGCGACUCAUGUUGCGGCCUCAGGGAUUUAAAAAUGCAUCCUCUGUUCGCACGGCUCCAUCGUUUUACGGCUAUUGA